ACUGGUUGGGGUGCCAGAGUACCAUCGCGAGGAGCACCAUGGAUGACCGGCAUGGCAAACAUUACGGCCGCCUGCUGUUGCCAAAAGAUUGCUGCAUGUAUAGCUUUCGGGUGGACGUACCGGCACAAUUUCGAUUUCCGUGUCAGAUCGAAUCUCUUGAAAAGAAAGCCAGAGAGACACAUCCAGUCAAAAUGGAGCCGGCCGCUGGUGGUGGCGGAGGGCGGCAGCAGGCGAGCCGCCGACGACCUGCCGAUCUCGGCCUCCUCGCGCUCCUCUGCUCGUCGCUGCUCCUCAACGCGAUCUUCCUCGCGCGCCACUUCCUGCCGCCGUCGCGGCUGCUGGCCGGAAGCGGCGGCGGUGGGGGCACCUGCGGGCUGAGCUGGGCGCUGCAGGCGGCCAGGGAGGCCGAGGCUGUGGCCGCCGUCGACUGCUCGGGCCACGGGCAGGCGUUCAUCGACGGCGUCGCCGGCGAGGACGGGCGCCCCGGGUGCGAGUGCAACGCCUGCUUCGGCGGGCCGGACUGCUCCCUCCGGACGCCCGGCUGCACCGCCGACGCCGACAGCGGGAACCCGCUGUUCCUGGAGCCGUACUGGCGGCGCCACGCGGCGGCCAGCGCAGUGGUGUUCUCCGGGUGGCACCGCAUGAGCUACGUCACCACCGACGGCAGGUUCCAGUCGGUCGAGCUCGAGCGGCAGAUCCGGCGCCUGCACAGGGCCGUCGGCAACGCCGUCGCCGACGGCAAGCACAUGGUCUUCGCCGCAGGCUCCUUGCAGCUCAUCAACGCGCUCGUGCACGCGCUCUCCCCGGACGCCGACGCAGGCUCGCCGCCGGCCCGCGUGGUCGCCACCGCGCCGUACUACGGGGUGUACAGGCUGCAGACCGCGAUGUUCGACGGCCGCGAGUACAGGUGGGGCGGAACCACGGCUCGCUGGGCCAACGCGUCGCGGAACUCCUCCACCGACGGCGGCUUCAUCGAGUUCGUCACGUCGCCCAACAACCCCGACGCCAUGCUCCGCGAGCCCGCCCUCCGCGGCUCGCCGGCGGCGAUCUUCGACCACGCCUACUACUGGCCGCACUUCACGCACAUCCCGGCGCCGGCCGACGAGGACGUCAUGCUGUUCACCAUAUCCAAGCCCUCCGGCCACGCCGGCAGCAGAUUCGGAUGGGCGCUGAUCAGGGACGAGAAGGUUGCCAAGAGGGCGCUAGAGUACGUGUCGGACAGCAUCAUGGGCGCGUCCCGGGACACCCAGCUCCGGAUGCUGGGGAUCGUCAAGGCGAUGCUGGCCAGCCUGCACGGCGAGGACGACAUCUUCGCCUUCGGGCACGACGUGAUGAGGAGCAGGUGGCGCCGGCUGAACGCCGCCGUGUCGCGGUCUCGUCGCAUCUCCCUCCAGAAGAUAGCUCCGGGUUACUGCACCUACUUCAAGCGCAUCAGAGAGCCGUCGCCAGCCUACGCGUGGGUGAGGUGUGAGAGGGAGGAAGACGAAGACUGCCACGACGCGCUGCUCAAGGCAAACAUCAUCACGCGUGCCGGCGUUGGUUUCGAGGCCGGCAGCAGGUACACGAGGAUCAGCCUCCUCAAGUCGGACGACGACUUCGACGUGCUCAUGGAGAGAGUCACCGAUCUCGUCGAUGCCGAGAAGAACGACGACGCUGAUCCUGGCUCGAGCUCCAUGUGACGGGCAAUGCCGCCACGAGAGCCUGUGGUCUGAUGGCGAAAGUACUACUACCACCGGAGUGCUCAAACUGCAGGGUGAAUUCCUCCAGGGCUGAUUGUUUCUAAUGGUAAGCGUUGAGUAGUACACAUGAAAAGAUACGGCUAAUACUGGAAAUGGUAUGAUAGGCACCGAUUCUUCUACGAAAUUACUUGAACGAUCAACUAGAAGUUGAUUGAUUCUCGUGUUGUUGAGCUGGCGGGAAUAGCAGAACUUGUUUUGGGGUAAAAAUAUUAUUUCUGCUUGUUGAGUGCUGACCAACCAACCCUGCACGGCGAGAAGAAAUUUAUAAUUUCGCCAUUCUUAAAACUGGAC